AUGGAAGUGAACGAAACCUCCUGGCUGGGUCUGGAUGCCGGAAAAUGCGCCAUCUUCGGGGUUGUAAUGAAAUCUAUUGUAACAACUGGAUUGCAUGAAUUCAGAAUAAUGUUAAGUCCUGCAAGCGCCCUUCUUUCGCGAGUGAUCAUCCGAGUUGGCGAAAGGAAUCCCCGACUUCCAGAAGUACCUAACCACCGGGUUUUGAUGCGAUUUGAGCCUGGAUUCGCUGUCAGAGCAGAUCCAAGAACGCAUAUUCUUCAGACGCUGAUUCGCAAAUGGCAAUUUCUCGUCACUCUGGAUGAUUAUCUUCGACCGGAAUGUCAGAAAGAAGGUCAUUACGUGUGUAGCAGCGAUAUGGACAUUCUGAUCAUAAGCGUUGCUCCCGAUGGUGAAGUCCUCAAUGUAAUUUGGGCAAAGAAAUCACUUGUAUAUAAUAGCCGGUUUCAUUCAAGUGGCUUAUAUCAUAAUAAGUAUAAAUCUCGAAGUCGUCGGGCCUUGAAUUAUGGCGAUAUUCCAGUUCCCAGGCUACCGGAUCCCCAAUUGUCCUGCCCGUGGAAUGAACUGGAAGAACUCACCCUUCGGUUGCAGACAAGUCUUUCGGACUCACGAAUUCAACCUGAACUGCAACGGCGUUUCCAGCAAGAAGGUUUUGGUCGCUUGCUUGACGUCAAGAUUGAAAGACUGGGGAAAUGCGCCGAACAAUCAAAGCCAUCUAUUACGGAACGCAGCGGUGUUAGUGUAGUAAAUUUGGCUCCUACUUUCUGCUAA